AUGAAUUGCAGUUAAGGGUAGGUUGAAAAUUUGCAUGAGAUUUUGGAUUUAACUAAAGAAUUUGAUGAAUUGAGAAAAGUUUAAAACCCCUUUGAAUUUCUCUCAUAAGAUCUAAAUCUAAGGCAAGUCGAAUAAUAAAUAUUAUAAGUUUAAAAUUAAUCACUUUUUGUUAAGGAAUACAUGGUUAGAAUAAUAAAUGUUCUCUUAAAGAUUAAGAACCAUGGAUUUAAUUAAUAGAAUUACCCAUUAGAUGAAUACGAAGAUAUAAAGGAUGAUCUGAUUGAAAAAAUAUCAUAGGAUAAUAUAAUUAUAGAAUUUCUUAAAUUUUUAGUUCAUCUUACUUCCCUAGAUGAGAGAUAUAUUUAAUGUGGAUCAAAUUCUCUUCAUUUAUUAGUUUAAAUGAAGGUUGAUUUGAAGGUACAAUCUUUUGUAAACAUUAGAAUUUAAAAUACUUCAUUGCUAGGAGCAAAUUUAGUGAGAUGUGACUUAAGUGGUUCUGAAUUUGACAAUGUCAUUAUUAGUGGAAUGAAUCUAAACUAAGCAAAAUUAUUUAAUUGUAAAUGGGAGAAUUUAAGAAUAAAUGAGCUGAUGGAGUUUAAUGGUCGUGGUGGUAGAGUAAAGUAAAUUAGCUUUUCGCAGAAUGGUCGUUAAUUAGUGACUUGUAGUGAAGACAAUUCCAUUCGCUUCUUGGAUGUUAAAACAGGAAAAAUAAAUUUUGUAUUAUAGGGACAUAAGGAAGGAUAAUCAGGCAGCUUCUCAAUUAAUGAUACUAUAUUAGCUUGUUGUAGUGACAGAUUCGUGUAUUUAGUGAAUCUAAAAACAGGGAAAUAAAUGUUGAAAUUAAUUGGUCAUACUGGUAAGGUUAGAACAGUUUGUUUUUCUAAUGAUUAUGCAACAUUAGCAUCAGGUAGUUUAGAUAAGUCUAUCCGCUUAUGGGAUUCUAAAGCAGGGUAAUAAAUAGCCAAAUUAGAGGGUCAUAAAAGUUGUAUUAAUUCAAUCCGCUUUUCUCCUGAUGAUAAUACUUUAAUAUCUAGUAGUUAUGACAACUCUAUUCGCUUAUGGGAUAUUAAGACAAAAUAAUAAAAAGCCUAAGUAAAUGCUUGUGUUUAUUAAUUUCGAUCACUGUGUGUAUCUCCUGACGGGAAUACAAUUGCAAUUGGUAGUUGGGACAACUCUAUCCGUAUAUUGGAUACUAAAACUGGUUAAUAAUAAGACAAAUUAGAUGGUCAUUAGAAUUAAGUUCUAUCAUCCUGUUUCUCUCCCGAUGGUACUACAUUAGCAUCAGGUAGUUUAGAUAACUCUAUCCGCUUAUGGGAUUCUAAGACAGGAUAAUAAAUAGCUAAAUUCGAUAGUAUUUAAAAUUCAGUUGCUUCAGUCUGUUUCUCUCCAGAUGGUACUACAUUAGCAUCAGGUAGUUCAAAUAGCUCUAUUCGUUUAUGGGAUAUUAAGAUAGGAUAACAUAAAGCCAAAUUGGAAGGACAUACUAAAUCCAUCAUAUCAGUUUGUUUCUCUUCUGAUGGUACUACAUUAGCAUCUGGUGGUUACGAUAGCUCUAUAUGUUUAUGGGAUGUUAAGACAGGAUACUAAAAAACAAAUUUGGAUGGUCAUACAGGUACAGUGUGGUCAGUUUGUUUCUCCCCUGAUAAUACUACAUUAGCAUCUGGUUGUUAAGAUGGAUCUAUAUGUUUAUGGAAUGUUAGGACAGGAUAAUAAUAAGCCAAAUUUAAUGGUCAUACUAGCACUGUUUAUUCAGUUUGUUACUCAUUUGAUGGUACUACAUUAGCAUCUGGUAGUUAAGAUAAUUCUAUCUGUUUAUGGGAUAAUAAAACUGGAUAAUAAUUAGCCAAAUUAGAUGGUCAUUAGCAAUCAGUGUUAUCAGUCAAUUUCUCUCCUGAUGGUACUACAGUAGCAUCUGGUAGUAAUGACAACUCCAUCUGUUUAUGGGAUGUUAAGACAGGGGUCAUACAUCAACAGUUAAUUCAGUCAAUUUUUCUCCUGAUGGUACUACAUUAGGCAUCUGGCAGUGGAGAUAACUCUAUCCGUUUAUGGGAUAUCAAGACGGGAUAAUAAAAAGCCUUAUUUGAUGGUCAUACUGAUUAUGUUCGAUCAGUGUAUUUCUCUCCAGAUGGUACUACAUUAGCAUCUGGUAGCUAUGAUAACUCUAUACGUUUAUGGGAUGUUGAGACAAGAAAAUAAAAAGCCAAAUUAGAUGGUCAUACUAGCACUGUAUACUCAGUCUGUUUCUCUCCUGAUAAUUCCAUAUUAGCAUCUGGUAGUGAUGAUAGUUCUAUCCGUUUAUGGGAUGUUAAGUCAAAAUAAUAUCUCGCACCUUAUGAAAUUCGUUAUAAAGAUAUUCUGACAUAAUUUACACCACUUAGAUUUAAAAAAAAUGUUCUUUCAGAAAAUAUUACUCAUAAUAUCACUAUUUUACGAAUUUCCUAAAGAAACUAUUUAGAAACAUAAGGAGCUUUAAUCUUGAAAGGAAAAUUCGAUAAUUAUUAAGGAAUAGAUUUAAAAUACUUAUUCAAAUAAAAAGGGAGUUUGAUUUUAGAAAGAUGA